ACUCUAAGGUAUAUAACAUCUAGUCUUACCUUGACAGAUGGCUCAUCAUUUUCAAAAUGGUAUUUGUAUAAAUGAAGAAGAUACAAAACGUGUCCAUGGAAGAGAUGUUUUUGCAGAUUUUAAUGUGGAAAAACGAUCUGUUGACAACACAGCAGUCCUUGAUUCACAGGCUUUAAGAUUAAGCAACUUCAAUCCUCAGAGAACAGAAGAUGACGAUGAAGAAGAAAAAGUUACUGAAAUAUUUUAUUCCUGUGAAAGUUUUCCUCAUUUUGAGUAUAUGUAUAGACUUGUAAGGAGAUUUGCAGAAGAAUUAAAAGAUACAGUGAAAGACUCAGUCGACUGUACCCUUUUUGAUCUGAAGAAUCCUCAGAUAAAAAUUAAUGUUUCUGGAGAUACCUCGAAAGGAAAUCUACGUCAGCUCUCUAAAAGAAAAGGAUAUAAAGAUAGAGAUGGUAGGAAAUGUUGGUCACCACGAGUCAAUGUCUAUUUUGAAUGCAACUCUGAUGACGUGGAACAUGAUACGAUUCAUCUACAGUUUGGGGAGCUAUCUUACUCGAAUCAGAUUGUCUACGUAGAACAUGGUUGUUCAAAAAUUCCACAAAUUUCAAACAAUUUUAUUCAUUUUAUUGAAAAUAAAAAGAAGAGCUUAAGAGAAGCAAUUACAAAAUGCCUUGAAGAACCUCUGUUUAUAUUUCUGGAAAGCCUUAAACCAAUAUUUGAAGAUUCAAAAACAUUUUUUUCUAAAGUCGAGGAAUCGAUAUCCUUAAUGAAGAUGUUGAAAAGAUGGGAUUCCAGCUGCGAUAAGUCUGUUUAUAUGCAACAAAAUGUUAUGCAUAGAGUUCCAGAGAGAAUUCAUGAUAAUUUAAUCAGAAAACCUGGUGUGAAUGCUUUUGGAUGUUGGAGAAACGAAAAGUUCAAAGUUUUUGUUGAAGAGGCGUUAGAUCAGAAAGAACUUGAAGAAGAAUUACAGGAAAUUGAUAAAAAAUUUCUUCUAAGUGUCGAACUUCAAUUUUUGGCUAAAAGUAUUCGUUUUCAACCUUAUUUGAAACAAGGAGACCAAAUAUAUUGCGAUAAUAAAAUUACAAUAAAAUCAGAACUAACUUCAUAUGCAACUUUAGGUGCCAUGAUAAGAAAUCAGGUUUCAGUUGAAGAUUUAUAUAUUUUAACGUGUGGACAUGUUUUCCCGCGUCUUCAUAUGUGUGCCUAUGGCAAACUGAAUGAAGAGUCCGCGCCAUGUAAAAUCGGAUCGUGUAUAUUUACUAGUCUUCCUGAGCAAGAACAUUUCAUUGAUUUUUCUGUGGUAGAAGUUUCUAAAGACGUUCAAAAAUAUUGUAAAGUAGCUUUUAUGCGGUCAGAGAAUAAAAAAUGCAAUGCAAUCGUGUACACUACUGAAUCUUUUGAAAAUACACUCGACUACGUUCAUAAAAAUGGAGCGACAUCGGGUUGGACAGAUGGUCGCAUUCAGUGUUCCGGCUUUAUGGCAAAAAUGUUUGGCAACAGAAAAGACGUAUUUCUGGUUCUGGGAAAAGGCGGGAAAUUUUGCGAGCCAGGGGAUAGUGGGUCCAUAGUUUUUGCUCCUGAUAAUUCAGCGGAUCAAGAAAAUGUUCAUAUUCUUGGCAUGCUUGUGGGAACCAUGCACGGCGUCAAUGCUGACGAUAAUAGCGAUUUCGAAACCACGCCAGAAGCCACGAAAGCUAAGGACUCUCGGGCAGAAGAAAGACCAGAAGAAGUGAGCGAAGGUAGUGAAGGGGCACUUGCAUCUUUGGGCAGUUUUGAUCGAAGAGAUGACGAUAAUAUGCGGGGAAUAUCACCCGAUGAAUUUGCUGUUUGUUUCCGACUGGACUCUGCACUAAAGCUACUAAAAGAAAAGAAUAAUCUAGAUGUUGAGUUUGAAAAAGUUUCAAUUUCCUCAGAUGAAGAUGAAAGUGACUGACUUUGAUGGAAAUUGAAUAUUGGUUAAUUAAGUAUGUUUGAUAUUCUGUAAGCAUGUAACAUUUUGAGAAUAUUUUUUUCCAAUUAUAGGCCUACCAUUCA